UUGUCUGUGGCAGGGGGAACCUGAACACCCACCCCAUAUUUACUUUCAACUGGGAAUGUGUGGUUAGUUUCCUGUGGAACACAGAGGCAGCCUGCCCUGUCCAGACGAUUACAGAUGCAGACCAGGCUUGCUCUAUCAGGGACCCCAACAGUGGAUUUGUGUUUAAUCUUAACCCACUCAACAGUUCUCAAGGAUAUGUGGUCUCAGGCAUUGGAAAGACCUUUGUGUUCAAUGUCUGUGGUGCAAUGCCCGCCUGUGGGACCGUUGGUGGAAAGCCAGCCUUUGGCUGUGAGGUAGGAACCCAGGUAGAAGACCUGAAGAACCUGAAGCCAGAAAGGCCAGUUGGAUUUGAGAAAAGCCUCCAGCUAUCCACUGAGGGCUUCCUGACUCUGACCUACAAAGGGUCGUCUCCCACAGACAAAGGCACUGCUUUCAUCAUCCGCUUCAUUUGCAAUGGCGACAUUUACCCGGGAACUGCUAAAUUUCUGCAUCAGGACAUCGACUCUGCGCGAGGGAUCCGGAGCACUUUCUUCGAAUUUGAAACUGCCUUGGCCUGCGUUCCUUCUCUAGUGGACUGCCAGGUCACCGACCCUGCUGGAAACGAGUAUGACCUGAGUGCCUUAAGCACAAUCAGGAAGCCGUGGACUGCUGUGGACACCUCCGUGGAUGGGAAGAAGCGAACUUUCUACUUGAGUGUCUGUAAUCCUCUCCCUUAUAUUCCUGGAUGCCUUGGCAGUGCUGUGGGGUCUUGCUUAGUGUCAGAAGACAACAGCUGGAACUUGGGUGUGGUGCAGAUCAGUCCUCAAGCUGCAGCCAACGGGUCCCUGAGUAUUCUAUAUGUCAACGGCGACAAGUGUGGAAACCAGCGCUACUCCACCAGGAUAACGUUUGAAUGUGCUCAGACGGCGGGAUCACCCACAUUCCAGCUCCUGGAUGAUUGUGAGUAUGUGUUUGUCUGGAGAACAGUGGAGGCCUGUCCUGUGGUCAGAGAGGAAGGUGAUAACUGUCAGGUGAAAGACCCAAGGCACGGCAACCUGUAUGACCUGAGGCCUCUGGCCCUCAACACCACCACUGUGAGUGCUGGCGAGUAUACCUACUACUUCCGGAUCUGUGGGAAGCUGUCUGCAGACGUCUGCUCCAGCCUCGACAGGUCCAAGGCGGUCUCAUCAUGCCAGGAAAAGCGGGGACCACAGGGAUUUCAGAAAGUGGCAGGUCUCCUUACUCAGAAGCUGACCUAUGAAAAUGGGCUGUUGAAAAUGAACUACACUGGGGGGGAUACAUGCCAUCAGGUGUACCAGCGCUCUACCACCAUCCUCUUCUACUGUGACCGGAGCACCAGAAGGUGAGCUCCAGUGUUUCUGAAGGAGACAUCAGAUUGCUCCUACUUGUUUGAAUGGCGGACGCAGUAUGCCUGCCCGCCUUUCAAUGUGACCGAGUGUUCCUUCAAGGACGGGGCUGGCAACUCCUUUGACCUCUCACCCUUGUCAAGGUACAGUGACAACUGGGAGGCUGUGACCAGGACAGGGGCCACCGAGCACUACCUCAUCAAUGUGUGCAAGUCACUGGCUCCACAGGCCAGUGGCACUGAGCCAUGUCCUCCGGAGGCGGCUGUGUGUCUGCUGGAUGGCUCCAAGCCCGUGAACCUUGGCAAAGUAAGGGAUGGUCCUCAGUGGAAAGAAGGUGUGACUGUCCUGAAGUAUGUGGACGGUGACUGGUGUCCAGAUAAGAUUCGGAAAAAGUCAACCACCAUCCGGUUCGCUUGCAGUGAGAGCCAAGUGAAUUCCCGGCCACUUGUCAGCGCUGUACAGGACUGUGAGUACACCUUCUCUUGGCCCACAGCUGCUGCCUGUCCUGUGAAGAGCAAUGUGCACGAUGACUGCCAAGUCAGCAACCCCAGCACAGGACACCUGUUUGACUUGAGUUCCUUAAGUGGCAGAGCUGGCUUCACAGCUGCUUAUAGCGAGAAGGGGCUUGUCUACAUGAGUAUCUGCGGGGAGAAUGAGAACUGCGCCCCGGGCGUGGGUGCCUGCUUUGGACAGACCAGGAUCAGUGUUGGCAAGGCCAGCAAGAGACUGAGCUACGUGGAUCAGGUCUUGCAGUUGGUAUACGAGGAUGGGUCCCCAUGUCCCUCCAAAUCUGGCUUGACCUACAAGAGUGUCAUCAGCUUUGUAUGCAGGCCUGAGGCCGGACCCACCAACAGGCCCAUGCUUAUCUCAUUGGACAAGCAGACAUGCACACUCUUCUUCUCCUGGCACACUCCUCUGGCAUGUGAGCAAGUGAUGGACUGUACCGUGCGGAACGGAAGCUCUAUUAUUGACUUGUCUCCUCUCAUCCAUCGCACCGGCGGUUAUGAAGCAUAUGAUGAAAGUGAGGAUGACUCCUCUGACACCAAUCCCGACUUCUACAUCAACAUCUGCCAGCCACUAAAUCCCAUGCACGGAGUGCCCUGUCCUGCCGGUGCCGCGGUGUGCAAAGUUCCUGUCAGUGGGCCCCCGAUAGACAUCGGCCGGGUCACAGGCCCUCCAAUAUUCAAUCCUGUGGCAAAUGAUAUCUACCUGAAUUUUGAGAGCAGUACUCCUUGCUUAGCAGAGAAGCAUUCCAACUACACCUCACUCAUCGUGUUUCACUGCAAGAGAGGUGUCAGCAUGGGGACUCCUAAGCUCAUAAGGACCAGUGAUUGCGACUUUGUGUUUGAGUGGGAGACUCCUAUUGUCUGUCCCGAUGAAGUGAAGAUGGAGGGCUGUGCCCUGACAGACGAGCAACUGCUCUACAGCUUCAACCUGUCCAGCCUCUCCAAGAGUACAGUCAAGGUGACUCGGGACUCACGCACAUACAGCGUUGGGGUGUGCACUGCGGCAGCUGGCCCAGACCAAGGAGGCUGUAAGGAUGGUGGCGUCUGUUUGCUCUCUGGGAACAAGGGGGCGUCCUUUGGACGAUUGGCAUCCAUGCAACUGGAUUACAGGCACCAGGACGAAGCGGUCAUUCUGAGUUAUGUGAAUGGUGAUACUUGCCCUCCAGAAACUGACCACGGUGACCCCUGUGUCUUCCCCUUCGUAUUCAAUGGGAAGAGCUAUGAGGAGUGUGUUCUGGAGGGACGGGCAAAGCUUUGGUGUAGUACUACUGCAAACUAUGACAGAGACCGCGAGUGGGGCUUCUGCAGACCGACCAACAGCCACCGAAUGUCUGCUAUCAUAUUUAAGUGUGAUGAAGAUGAGGACAUUGGGAGGCCACAGGUGUUGAGUGAAGUUCGUGGAUGUGAGGUGACAUUUGAGUGGAAAACCAAAGUUGUCUGCCCUCCAAAGAAGAUGGAGUGCAAAUUCAUUCAGAAGCAUAAAACCUAUGACUUGAGACUACUGUCCUCCCUCACUGGAUCCUGGUACUUCGUCCAUGAAGGAGCCUCGUACUUCAUCAAUCUGUGCCAGAGAGUAUACAAAGGACCCCUGGGCUGCUCUGACAGAGCCAGCAUUUGCAGAAAGACCGCGUCUGGCCAAGUCCAGGUCUUGGGACUCGUGCACACACAGAAGCUUGGUGUCCUGGAUAACAAAGUUACUGUCACCUACUCAAAGGGCUACGUCUGUGGUGAUAAUAAGACUGCAUCCUCUGUGAUAGAGCUGAGCUGUGCAAAGACUGUGGGCAGGCCUGUGUUCAGUAGGUUUGAUAUCGACAGCUGCACCUACUACUUCCGCUGGGACUCGCGUGCAGCCUGCGCAGUGAGGCCUCAGGAGGUGCACAUGGUGAAUGGGACCCUCACCAACCCUGUGAACGGCAAGAGCUUCAGCCUUGGGGACAUCUAUUUUAAGCUGUUCAGUGCCUCUGGUGACAUGAGGACCAACGGGGACAACUACCUGUAUGAAAUCCAGCUCUCCUCCAUCACCAGCUCCACGAACCCCGCAUGCUCUGGAGCCAACAUCUGCCAGGUGAAGCCCAAUGACCAGCACUUCAGCAGGAAAGUGGGCACCUCUGACAGGACCAAGUACUACAUCCAAGAUGGCGAUCUGGACAUCGUGUUUGCCUCUUCCUCAAAGUGCGGGAAAGAUAAGACCAAGUCUGUCUCUUCCACCAUCUUCUUCCACUGUGACCCUCUGGUGAAGGAUGGGAUUCCCGAGUUCAGUCAUGAGACUGCUGACUGCCAGUACCUCUUCUCCUGGUACACAGCUGCUGUGUGUCCUCUUGGGGUGGGCUUUGACAGUGAGAAUACUGGACUGGAUGGGCAGGGACACAAGGGGCUCUCAGAGCGGAGUCAGGCCGUUGGGGCCAUCCUCAGCCUGCUCCUGGUGGCACUGACUGGCUGCCUACUGGCUCUGCUGCUUCACAAGAAGGAAAGGAGGGAAACUGUGAUAAAUAAGCUGACAAAUUGCUGUCGGAGAAGCUCGAGUGUGUCCUACAAAUACUCAAAGGUGAACAAGGAAGAAGAGACAGAUGAGAAUGAAACAGAGUGGCUGAUGGAAGAGAUCCAGUCACCAACUCCAAGACUGGGGAAAGAAGGGCAGGAAAAUGGCCACAUUACCACCAAGUCUGUGAAAGCAGAGGCCCUCACGUCCCUGCAUGGGGAUGACCAGGAUAGUGAGGAUGAGGUCCUGACCAUCCCAGAAGUGAAAGUUCACUCAGGCAGAGGAGCUGGGGCAGAAAGCUCACACCCCAUGAGAAACCCACCACGGAGGGAGAGGGAGGACGACCAGGUGGGGCUGGUCCAAGGGCAAAAAGCCAGGAAAGGGAAGCCCAGGCCUGGACAGAAGUCAGUGACCUCUUCCAAGCUGGUGUCCUUCCACGAUGACAGUGACGAGGACCUUUUACACAUUUAACUCCGUGGUGCCUACAGGAGAACGUGGAGCCAUGGGACAGCCAAGCACCUCCAACCAAAUAAGACUUCAACUCGAUGCUUCUAUAAUUUUGCCUUUAACAAAAACUUCAAAAGGGAAGAGUUUUUGUGAGGGGGGAGAGGGUGAAGGAGGUCAGGCACUGCUCCUUCAGGAUCGUUUACAGUUAUUGGAACAAGGCAUUGCUUGAAUUGGCCAAAGGGCAGUUCCUCGUGCUGAGGGUUUUGCCCCAAGUCCUCCUUUCCAAGCAUAGCUGCUGUGGCUUCUUCUAACAGGUGCCCAGGCCAGAUGCAUCUCAGAACAGAGGGCUGUGUUUGAAAAAAACCCUUGCUGCUUUAGACCCUAUAGGGGUUUGACCAUUUAUAUUUUAGCAUUUUAAUUCUCUCCCCCUAUUUAUUGACUUUGACAAUUACUCAGGUUUGCAGAAAAGAAAAGAAUAAAAAAAAAAGCCACAGUUUCUUCCUGCCUGCAGGGGCAUAGAGCACGGGUCUGCAUUGGAGCAGGGGAAGCCGUGCUGGGGUGGUUCCUUGUGGGAUCUGGACUGGUCGCUAAUGUGUCCCCUAAGUUGGCAUACUCCAUCUGCCUCCUCUCUCGCUUUCUGUUUCUAAAGGGUAGAGGUGUGCACAGGGUCCCCAGGGGCCUCGCUUGGGAGGGUUCGUCUGCUCUCUGCCUGUGUCAGUAAUGUCUGCAGCUCUUUGUAUGACUUCUUCAGGCUAAGGGAUACAGAGAACACUUGUCAGUAUUGCUUUCACCAGCUGGUGCAUCCAAGCAGCCCACGCAGAGAUGGGGUUUCUCUGCGCACGUGAGUGGCGUCAGGGUGUUAAGUGCGUGCACUAUAGUCUCAUCUCUUCAGGUUCUCAUGAUACCACCUGUACUGUGCUUAUUUUUUUAAGAAAAAAAGUGUUUAUCAACCAUUCGAUCUCUAAGAAGCCUUAAUUUGCACAGUGCGUGACUUACGGAAAUCGUAGUAACUGUGGUGGGCCAGGAUCACUGGCGCUGUGUGUGGAUCCAUGGUUGGAGUGAGGCUCUCGGGUCGCGGGAUGGAAGGGCAGGCCCAGUGUUCCUCCGCUGGCUGUUGACUCCUUUCUUCAGCGAUGACUUCUCGCAUUGUAGAAUUGUAUAUAGGCUCAGUGGUACCCAUGUACUGAAAAGCAACCACUCUGCAGAGUUCCUUGGUUUCUGCCUCAUUUGGCUGGCUUAUUUGAUUUCAACAUGAGUGUAUUUUUUAAAAUUGAUUUUUCUCUUCUUUUUUUUUU